AUGCGCCUCAUUCUCUGGUGGUCGCUCGUACUGCUCCUGGGCUACAUCGGAUACACCAACUCAGCAGAUGAAGUAACUACUUUGGAGGCGGGAUCGGAAGAUAAGGAACCAGAGGUAACACAAGAUGAACCCCAGGCGGCCGAGUCGGUUUCUGUCGCUGUUGAAUUGAGAAGUGAUGAAGUCUCUGCACCUGAGCCAACAGCUGAGGAGGAGGCGACAACGGUAGCAGAAGAUGAACCCCUGAAGUCAGAACCGGUUUCUGUCGCCGUUGAAGUGAAAGAUGAAAUACCUACUCCAGAGGUGGUUGCCGUGGCGGUGAAUGAAACUACGCAAGCAGAACCGUCUGCUGAUGGAUGGAAACUCGAAUUCAAGGCUCCUGUGGCACAAUCAACCGACGAUUAUAGUGACAGGCGCAUCGGUCUACUGGGAUUUCUCAACGCAGACAAACUAAACUUUGAAUGCCUUACGGCAGUCCCUCCAGAGGUCCUCCAGACCGCCGAACCUGUUGAGGAAAUCCAAGAAGUGAAAGCAUCAACAGAUGAACCGCUGGAAUCGAAACCAGUUUCUGCUGCUGUUGAAGUGAAAGGUAAUCAGAGCAGGGCAGAAUCGAGUGCGCGCGCGGUCGCCAUGAAAGCUGCGCGUUCGGAGGGCGUCGAAUUGAAGGGUGAAGGGGCAGCACCGGAAGCACCAAGUGGCGGCGGCUGCGCCCCACGAUGGCCUCAUCUCUGCUUCACGGCGGGCACCUUAUUGGCUGCUCAGCGACUGCUCCACCUCUAG